AUGCAGAUCGUGUGGGCAAUGCUGAUCUGCCUGGCUGGAGGGCAGCUUGCAAGUGCCACGCUUUGCAGGACCUAUGGCACCAUCCCAGGCAUCCCAGGGUCACCAGGACAGCCUGGCAGCAAUGGCAGAGACGGGGAGAAUGGCCCAAAGGGUGAACAAGGUCCCCCUGGCCAGGUGGAGCACGAAGGAGACAUGGGGGAGAAGGGAGAGCCAGGAAUACCAAGGGGUCCCCCAGGCUCAAAGGGAUUACCAGGUCCCAUGGGACCCCCUGGUCCUCAGGGGGACUCCGGUGACUACAAGGCCACCCUCAAGUCCGCCUUCUCUGCCGCCAGGACCGUCAGCUCCUACCCACGCCGGGACCUGCCCAUCCGCUUCGACCGCAUCAUCACCAACGAGAAGGGCCACUACGAGAACCGGUACGGCCGCUUCACCUGCCGGGUCCCGGGCAUCUACUACUUCACCUACCACGUCACAUCCAGGGGCAACCUCUGCCUCAGUGUGAAAAAGGGCCGGGGUGGCAGCAGGGGCGAGAAGAUGGUGACCUUCUGUGACUAUGUGCACGGCACCUACCAGGUCACCACGGGUGGUGUGGUCCUCAAGAUGGCAGUGAACGAGUCCGUCUGGCUGGAGCCAACGGAGAAGAACUCCCUGGUGGGGAUUGAAGGGUCUGACAGCAUCUUCUCCGGUUUCCUCAUCUUCCCUGAGGCUUAGGUGUCU